CCCGGAUCUCGGAGCAAGUCAGAGGUUUCCUAUCCCCCUCAACUCCCUACAGGAGUCACGACCCCAGGGCCGGCAUAUGGGUGAGGGGGCACCCCCUGGGGCCUGAGCUGCCCCGCACAGGAUGCCCCGUGCCCCCCACUUCAUGCCCCUACUGUUCCUGCUGCUGUGGUUCUCACUUCCCCAUACCCGGGCUGCCUUUCCCCAGGACCCCGUUCCUCUGCUGACCUCCGACCUGCAAGGGACUUCUCCAUCAUCUUGGUUCCGGGGCCUGGAGGAUGAUGCUGUGGUUGCAGAACUUGGGCUGGACUUUCAGAGAUUCCUGACCUUGAACCGGACCUUGCUAGUGGCUGCCCGGGAUCACGUUUUCUCCUUCGAUCUUCAAGCCCAGGAGGAAGGGGAGGGGCUGGUGCCCAACAAGUAUCUAACAUGGCGGAGCCAAGACAUGGAGAACUGUGCCGUGCGGGGAAAGCUGACGGACGAGUGCCACAACUAUAUCCGUGUCCUUGUUCCCUGGGACUCCCAGACGCUCCUUGCCUGUGGCACGAACUCAUUCAGCCCCGUGUGCCGCAGCUACCGGAUAACUUCGCUGCAGCAGGAGGGUGAAGAGCUGAGCGGGCAGGCUCGUUGCCCCUUUGAUGCCACCCAGUCCAACGUGGCCGUCUUUGCAGAGGGCAGCCUGUACUCGGCCACAGCUGCGGAUUUCCAGGCUAGUGAUGCUGUGGUUUACAGAAGCCUUGGGCCUCAGCCCCCACUCCGCUCGGCCAAGUACGACUCCAAGUGGCUGAGAGAGCCGCACUUUGUCCACGCCCUGGAGCACGGAGACCACGUCUAUUUCUUCUUCCGCGAGGUGUCCGUGGAGGACGCCCGGCUGGGAAGGGUGCAGUUCUCCCGGGUGGCCCGUGUGUGUAAACGCGACAUGGGCGGCUCGCCUCGGGCCCUGGACCGCCACUGGACAUCCUUCCUGAAGCUACGGCUCAACUGCUCCGUCCCCGGGGAUUCUACCUUCUAUUUUGAUGCCUUACAGGCCUUAACCGGGCCUGUGAACUUGCACGGACGCCCUGCUCUCUUUGGGGUCUUCACUACCCAGAUCAAUAGCAUCCCUGGCUCGGCAGUCUGUGCCUUCUACCUGGAUGACAUCGAGCACGGAUUUGAGGGCAAGUUCAAGGAGCAGAGGAGUCUCGAUGGGGCCUGGACGCCUGUGUCUGAAGACAGGGUCCCCUCCCCUAGGCCAGGAUCCUGUGCGGGGGUGGGUGUGGCUGCCCUGUUCCCCUCUUCCAGAGAUCUCCCUGACGAGGUCCUGACCUUCAUCAAGGCUCACCCAUUGCUGGACCCCGCCGUGCCACCCGCCACCCAUCAGCCUCUGCUCACCCUCACCAGCAGGGCCCUACUGACCCAGUUAGCGGUUGACGGUAGGGCCGGUCCCUACGGUAACGCUACAGUCCUGUUCCUGGGCGCCGAUGACGGGGUAGUGCUGAAGGUGCUGCCCCCAGGCGGGCUGUCCGGGGGCCCCGAGCCCAUCCUGUUGGAAGAGAUCAAUGCCUACAGCCCCUCCAGGUGCAGUGGGAAGCGGGCAGCCCGGACAGCACGGCGGGUCAUAGGGCUGGAGCUGGACACCGAGGGCCACAGGCUCUUUGUGGCUUUCUCCGGCUGUAUCAUCCACCUCCCUCUCAGUCGGUGUGCCCGGCACGGGGCCUGCCAGAGGAGCUGUCUGGCUUCUCGGGACCCGUACUGUGGCUGGCAUCGCUCCAGAGGCUGUGUGGAUAUCAGGGGGCCUGGUGGAGCUGAUGUGUUUCCAGCUGGGAGCCAGGACGCCUUGGAGCACAGUGACUGCCAAGAUGGAGCUACUGGGAGUCAGUCUGGCACAGGGGAUCCUGCUUAUGUGCUUCUGGGUCCUGGCCCUCCCCCUGAGACCCCCAGCCCCCCCAGUGAUGCCCACCCCCGGCCCCAGUCUUCCACUAUUGGAGCUCACACUCAGGGCGUGCGCCGGGACCUCCCCCCAGCCUCAGCCUCCCUCUCCGUCCCCAUCCCACUCCUCCUGGCCUGUGCUGCCGCAGCCUUCGCCCUGGGCGCCUCGGUCUCUGGCCUCCUGGUCUCCUGCGCGUGCCGCCGAGCCCACCGACGUCGGAGCAAGGACGUCGAGACUCCGGGGCUCCCGCGCCCUCUCUCCCUUCGCAGCUUGGCCCGGCUGCACGGUGCGGGCCCGGAGCCGCCGCCGUCCAAGGACGGGGACGGGGCGCAGACGCCCCAGCUCUACACCACCUUCCUGCCUCCCCCCGACGGCGUCGCCCCGCCGGAGCUGGCCUGCCUGCCCACGCCCGAGUCCACGCCCGAGCUGCCAGUCAAGCACCUCCGCCACGCCGGAGGCCCCUGGGAGUGGAACCACAACGGGAACAACGCCAAGGAGAGCCAGGGCCGCGUGCGGGGUGUCAACGCAGCGGGCGGCCCCGCGCCGCGCGUGCUGGUGAGGCCGCCGCCGCCCGGCUGUCCCGGACAGGCAGUGGAGGUCACCACCCUGGAGGAACUGCUACGCUACCUGCACGGCCCGCAGCCACCCCGGAAGGGGGCCGAGCCCCCGGCCGCCUUUACCUCGCGGGCGCUCCCGCCAGAGCCGGUCCCCGCGCCCACGCUUUUUGCGGGCUCCAGCGUCCUCCCGCGGGAGUGUGGGCCGCCGCUGAGGCUGGACGUGCCCCCCGAGGGCAAGUGCGCGGCCCCCUCCCCCCGGCCCGCGCUCUCCGCCCCCGCUCCGCGACUAGGAGUCGGGGGUGGCCGGAGAAUGCCCUUUCCCACGCACCGUGCGCCCCCCGCCUUGCUGACUCGGGUCCCCUCCGGGGGGCCCUCCAGGUACUGCGGGGGGCCCGGCAGACACCUCCUGUACCUGGGCCGGCCGGAGGGCUAUCGAGGCCGCGCCCUAAAGAGGGUGGACGUCGAGAAGCCCCAGUUGCCCCCCAAGCCGCCCCUUGUCGCGUCCCCCUCCCAGUCGGCGGUCCCCAACGGCAGCCAUUUUAACUUUUAAAGGGAGCCGCGCCGCGUCCUCGAAUUGGGCCCCUGAGGCCCGGGCGCACGAACGCGUCUCCAAGGACAGAACCCCUCCCUCUCUCCACGUUCCGCACCUCCAGCCUUUCUGGACUCUGAGAGUCUCCCGGGGUCCCAGCCCGCCUCGGGUUUAUUUAUUGUCUUUCCCCCUGUCCUCGAGAGAGGAGUGGGAGGGGAGAAGCUCGCCCCCUCUGUGAGCCAGCUUUUCGGGGGGGACCUGGCGCACUCCCACUCCCCCCUCCCUCAGCCAAGCUGCCUUAACUCGCCCCUUCGGGCUUCCUCCAUAGACUGGGCCGCGGGCGGGCCGCAGGACGGACGGACCGACGGGGCUGGGGCUGCGCGCGCGCUGUGUACAGAGUCCCCGGGCCUCCCGGGACGUGCCUCCUCCUACUGUGUAGGAGCCUCCGCUUCCCAAUACAGCUUCGUCCCCGAGCCGUGCCUGACUUUCCGAGCGGAGGGGGCGGGGUGGGAACCGGUCUGCUCGUGAGGCGCCUCUGUCCCCGGACCUCUGCCCUUACCUUGGCCUUGCACUCCCCCCAGUAAUUGGGACGGCUGCGGUCCCACCGGGGUUAAUCAGGAGAGGUUUCCUGAAGGAGGCAGGCUAAGAAAUGGUGUGUGCAGAUGAACACGGGCCCAGGAGACCCACGGCAGAGCUUAGGUGGGGUGGGGAGCGCACCCGAGCACCUUCCCGAUCGAGGACGCUUUCCUAGCUUGUUCCAUGGGGUAGGGGGAGGGUAUCUUUUGAGAAAUAAAAUGAAGCUGCAGCGCAAGUGA